UCCUUCUUCGCGAAGCACAAAGACGCGUCUAUCGCCACACUGUGUAGGACACAUAUGCAGCAGUCGUUGCAACUGGUAUCGCGGAUCGAUAGCAUCUGACGGAAGUAGACGCCCUGGCAGCAUUCUCUUUCAUUUUUUUCUCUAUUGUCCUUCUCUGUAGAUAGUGGUCGCGCAGGAUAAACGCACCGGCAGGCAAACGAGCCACCCUCUAUAGUUGGGUGCAGACGACGCGGGUGAGGAAGCCUGAGAAGACGCAUCGCCCAUAUUGAAGGCUUUAGCUUGAAAGCCGGGAGAGGGUGGGGCGCGGGGAAGGGUGGCGGCUAAAGGGGGUGAGGCCGGCUUAUUUUCUGCGCGGCUGCGGAGAGCGCUGGCCAGCUUAGCCCUGUCCGUGUCAGUGACCCCUAAACUUAUUCCUACGGCAGAGCCGAAUUCCAUUCAGCGUUGCUUCUACUGUGACUUUCUUCCUUCCUGCCGAGAAGCGAAGAUGAGAAGAUGCAGCUGUCAGGCGGGGGUCACGACCGCGAAGUCCCAGUGACAGCUGCCAUGCCGCUGACGUGCGUGUGUGUGGUCAUCCGCAGGAUUUUUGCCUUCGGUGCCAGAGUACGACGAGUAUUUUCAGUGCGCUCUUCCGGGACGCCUAUCUACUCGAAAUUGGCAAAAGUGACGAAGCGGAAGUUCAAGGAAAUGGAAUACAGGAACCGCGGCACCGACCUACGUCGGUUCCUGUUCCUGAAGACGGUCUCGAGGAAGACUCGCUCCUCUACGCCCACAGCUAAACGCGACAAAGGAAAAGCUGUGAAGUCUGACAGCAGAAGUUCCCGUCACCGCGCGAAAAAGAAGCGGUCUCGACUGGCCGCGCAGAAGAGGGCAGCGGAGUUCAAGUUCACUCUGCCGGACCGAGCAAAAGAGUGCCGAAGCGGCACGUUCAAGAAAUUUCCAGGCCUGCUUGUCCUGGCCCGGAAGCUGAGAAGAUUUUGCAAACGCGGAAGCAGUCAUUAUUAAGACUUGUCCUUUUUAAUGUCAUCAACAACAUCAAUAUAAUUCAAACUAUUGUAUAUACCAUGUGCAUCUAGCCUCCCGUAUACAUAAUAAAUCGACUGCAUUCGGAAAAGCUUCUGACAUUAUUCUUAAUCUCCAUUCUUUAUUGAAUACAUAUUCUCCGAUUGAAAUUUUGCAACUUUAAUAACAGUAGUCAUUUGUAAUAUAACUAAG